UUUUGUUUAGAAUUGAGAAAAGCAGACUGGAAGAUAAAACUGAUAAUUAUCUAGGACAAAUGUAAACUAAAUAUUCUACAUUGAAAAAAUACAUUUUUCACACAAAAGAAAACAUGUACAACGUCAUUAAAAAUGUGUUCAUUAUCGUAGAUGUAACGAUAAGAAUUUUUAUUUUACAUAUCUGUUAUGUAGAUACUGAGAUAUGGAACGAGGAGCUACUUUUAAAAGAAAACUUCAUAAAUGGAUCACCUAACCUGUGUCAAAAUGGUAGACAUCAAUCACCGAUUAAUAUUAUGACCAAAAAUCUUGUAUAUGAUCAUUCAUUAGCUCCAAUGGAUAUAGAAGGACUGGAAAAGCAACUUGAAUUGAUCGUUGAAAAUUGUGGUUAUGAUAUACGAAUAAGCUUAACUAAUGAAUUUGUACAACUCAAUGGUGGUCCAUCGUCUUAUGCUUAUCGUAUUGCUUUUAUGCAAAUUAAAUUUGGCUCAGCAUCAACUCAAGGAUCAGAGCAUACAAUCGAUGGUAAAGCAUUUCCAGGUGAAUUACAGAUUUAUUCAUUUAAUAAUGAAUUAUACAACAAUUUAUCUGAAGCAUCUUAUCGUCCAAAUGGUAUUCUUGCUGUCAGUGUUUUCUUUAAACUUGGAAAUGCAACGAAUAAAGAUCUUUUAGGAGUUGUGGCUGCAGCUGAACAAACAAUAUUUAAAGGGGAAACAUUCCAACUGAAAGGUCUUGAACUACGUUCACUGCUAACGUCAACACAUGAAUUUAUGACAUAUGAAGGAUCACUGCCAUUUCCUCCAUGUCAUGAAACAGUUACCUGGAUCAUACUGAAUCAUCCUAUAACGAUUACUGAAACAGAAUUAAAAACACUUCGGCGAUUGCGAGUAGCUAAUACAUUAUGGUCAGGAUCGAUGGCUGACAAUUUUCGACCAACACAAUCUAUUAAUAACCGAUCAGUUCGUACGAAUAUCAAUUUUCGUAGUUCGAAUGAAGCGUGUGAUGUGCGAAAACAAUUUUCAUAUGUUGCUAAUAUUCCACAAGUUUAAAAUAUGGGAAUCUGUAAAACGGGAUUCGAAAAAAAAUCAAACUGAAUCACUGUCCUUAUUUUGCCUUCCAUCAAAAAAAUUGAAAAAAUAAUCAGGAAAAACUCACCAAUUGUAAUAGAGAAAACUUUCAUUUGUUUGUUUUCUUUGAUUAAUUUUAAACAAAAAAUAAGACUUGUUUCUAUUUGUAUUUAUAAUUAAUUAUCUAUUAACUCUAUUAGAUUAUUCUUUUUUGUACAGAAUAUCAUUUUAUC